AGCCACCGGCAGCGAGGAGCGAGAGCGCAGCCGGAGCGCCGCAGAUCCUCGGUGCUCACAAGCCUGCUAACACCAGCAGCCCUUCACCGCCCAGUUUCUUUUUAACUCAACCCUUUUACUCCCUCCCGCAGGCAGAGCUCCAGGACUAGGAUGACUGGGAAGACCCAGACCAGCAACGUGACCAACAAGAAUGACCCACGCUCCCUCAACUCCCGCGUCUUCAUCGGCAACCUCAACACGGCCGUCGUCACCAAGGCCGACAUCGAGGCCAUCUUCGCUAAAUACGGGAAGAUAGUGGGUUGCUCUGUUCACAAGGGCUACGCCUUCGUUCAGUACGUCAGCGAGAGGAACGCCCGGGCGGCUGUGGCCGGGGAGAACAGCAGAGUCAUCGCUGGACAGUCUCUAGAUAUCAACAUGGCAGGAGAACCAAAACCAUACAGACCGAAGAUGCUCUCCAAGAGACCUCUCUCAUCCAUUUACAGUGGCUAUGAGUUUGACUAUGACUACUACAGAGAUGAUUUCUACAGCAGACUCUUCGAGUACCACGGCCGCGUGGUGCCCCCGACCCGAGCCGUCAUCCCCAUUAAACGUUCUCGGCUAGUUGUUCCAUCCAAUCGCAGAGCCAAAUCCUCCUUUCCGGUCAGAGCCUGUUCUUCCUCCUCUUCCUCCUCCACUUCAUCCUCCCGAGCAAUCAACAUUGGCUCGUCCAUCACUGGUCCUAAACAAUGUACUCGCCAAAGUAAAAGCUGUGACCAGGGAACAAAGGCUUUGCAAAUGAAAAAAAUGAAGACAGACCAGCUCCUAACCAUCAAGAAGGAGCUGUCGCAGAUCAAGACAAAGAUCGACUCACUGCUGGGAAGGCUGGAAAAGAUUGAGAGGCAACAUCGCUCCGAGAACGAGAUGCAGAGGAAACAGGAGGAGGUGUGUGAUCGUCUCCAUGGUGAUGCCGAAGACAACUCCGGAGGAGAGGAGGUGGAGGGAACAGCUGAGGUAGAGGCAGGAGAGAUGACGGACGGAGGCGAGGAUGACUUUGAAGAUGAAGGAACCAGCGACAUGAUAGAGAACCACAUAUCGGACAUUGACAACUGAAUAAGACGUUGCGACACUGGAUACCAGCAAAAUCCUCUCGAUCAGGGAGGUGUGUUUAAAGUGAAAGGAAACAACGUGGGAAGUGACUGACAGCAGAGGAAGAUGUUUUCAGACGUGUUGCAGCUUGUUUGCCUCAUCCAAACAUCACACUCCUGAUGUGUGCUUUAUCUAAAUGCAGGAUAUAAAUAUUCUCCAGAAUACUGCAAGAUGCAAAGAGCAUUGAAUAUUCUCAACUCAGUACGGUUGCUUUUCUAAAAAAAAAUGCAGACAAACGCAGUAUAUUGUGUGCUUAUCAUCUAUUGUUCUGUAUUGUGCAUAUAAAAUACAGUUAUGUGAAUGGAAGAACAUGAAAUGGUCUCUUUUUGUUGUAUUUUGCUGUAUGUUCAUGUUUCUGUGACUCAGCCACACUGCAGGGAGAGAGAUGAAUAUGAAUGUAAGUUAAACUUGUAUUUUUUGGCACCUGAUGACAAUGUGAUUUGUUUUCAUUGUACAUUUGGGUGAAAUCUACUCAUGAUUUAUACUGUGUUUCACACUGUAUUGGAUGCAUACCAUGUUUCUCAUUUGCUGUUCACAACAAGGAGCUUUUUAAAAUUUAUUUAUAUUCUUUUCAUAGUGAUCUGAAGAUGACUAAUUGUUUUCAGCAUGUUCAAGGUGUGACUAUUACAGAUAAUUUGUACUCAUUGCAUUUGUUGUACAGUCCUGGAUGAUAACAAUUUUUGAAAUAAAUCUGCCUCCCAUCCUUGAAAA